AUGUCGUCCUCUCAAAUUCUAUCAACCUACAAACAGCUCAUAAGAUCUUUGGUGAAGUCCAGCAAACGUUCCAGGAUAACCCAGAUGCAAGAAAACAACAAAAAGCAGAUGGCUCUCUUAACUUACAAGAAAAUCGGGCUCAUGAGACAACAAGCCUCAAACAAUGCUGCCGUUUCCAAAAACCCUCACAGCGUUCGUGAACUCCACGAAUUGACCAAAAAAAUUGAGGAACUCAAAUCCAGCAACCCAGGUAGUCUCAAAACUCUGCAUUUUUACAAUAAUUCCAGCCGUCUAAGGCAAAUAAUUUUCCAAGAUCUUUCGUCAAGCGAAACAGCUCUCAAUAAGAGACUACAGCAUUUACGUGACUUUGCCGGCUUCGUAAAGAACCAGUUGGAGUUCGAGCAACUUGUCGAAAGAUAUAAUCCUGGUCUGAAAAUGGACCAAGAAGAAAAAGUCAAGAGAACGGCAGCAAAAGUGGGACUGCAAGUACCAGCGUAA